GCGGAAGUGAUUGGUACUGCGGGGCAAGAUGGCGGCACCCAAGGGGCCUUAAAGCAGGGACUCUUGUGUGGCUCCCGGAGGGGAAUAAGAGAACCCCCUAGUCUGGAACAGAUCUCAGUGGGGAGGACUCCCCAGUGACAAAAUGCUGUCGAGACCAAAGCCAGGAGAGUCCGAAGCGGACUUGUUGCGAUUCCAGAAUCAGUUCCUUUCUUCAGGGGCUACCCCAGCUGUACGAAUAGCAAAGAAGGUAAACAAGAAGGACAGAUAUGUUGAUGAGGACCCGCCUGUUCUGCAGGAUCAGCGGGAUGUGGUAACAUUAGACAAGCUUCCAGAUUUACCCCCCACUCUAGUCCCUGCUCCUCCAAAGAAGGCCAGGCCUAGUCCACGCUUCACGCUGUCUGAGGACCAAGACCCUGAGGACAGGCUAGAUCAGCAUGACCAGCAUAUCACAGCUGUCUUCACCAAAAUUAUUGAACGUGAUACCAGUGCAAUGGCUGUGACCAUGCCUCUUCCCAGUGGAGUGGCUUUCCCCUGUGUUUUCCAUCGCUCACAGAAAGGCACCCAGGGGAAAACAGCAACAUCUGGAAAGAGAAGCAUUUUUGCCCAGGAGAUUGCAAAAAGGAGGAAGGCUGAGGCAAACAGCACACCGAUGGAGAUGUCCAUACCUACCCAGGGCCAACAGGAAGGAUCCCUGACAUCUAAGGCACUAGGACUUAGGGUGGAGGGCUCGUGUGUUCCAGAGACUGGCAAGAGUUCCCAGGGGCCCCAGCUCAUCACUGGAGAGGGCCUCCAGAGUCAGGAUGCCAGGCGUGAGAUCCAGACCAUCCAUGAGGAGAACUUGGCAAAGCUGCAUGCCUUGGGCCCAGAAGAGAUCCUUCAGGAGCAACAGAGGCUGCUUGCCCAGCUCGAUCCCGGCUUGAUUGCUUUCCUGAAGUCGCGGCGUAGCCCUGCUGGUCAGGCGGGAGUUGAAAGUAUGGAAGAAGAGAAGUCGGGAACUGUUGUUCACAAGACCCCCGAAGAGGAGCCAGUGGGGCCGCCACCUCCCAGUGGGUACAAGUGGACACAGCCAGAGCUGGCCACCUCAGCUCCAGAAUUGCCUGUGACCCCUCACAAGGAGUGGCUUCACAUGGAUGCCGUGGAGUUGGAAAAGCUUCAGUGGACUCAGGAUCUGCCCCCACUCCGGCGGCAGAAAACCCAGGAGGGAAUGCAGCAGGCACGUUUCAGUCUCCAGGGAGAGCUGCUGGCCCCUGAUGCUGACCUGCCCACUCAUCUGGGCCUGCAUCAUCAUGGCGAGGAGGCAGAGAGAGCAGGAUACUCCCUUCAAGAGAUAUUCCAUCUGGCCCGUAGCCAGAUCUCCCAGCAGAGAGCACUGGCCCUGCAGGUGUUGGCCCGAAUCAUCUCUAAAGCCCAGGCAGGUGAAUUUGGGGGUCAGCUGACAGACAGUGUCCUGCGCCUCCUAUUGGAUGCUGGUUUCCUCUUCCUGCUGCGUUUUUCAUUGGAUGACAGUGUGGACAGUGUUAUUGCAGCUGCUGUGUGGGCACUACGGGCUCUAUUGGUGGCCCCUGGAGACGAGGAACUCCUGGACAGCACCUUCUCCUGGUAUCAAGGAGCAGCUGUAUUUCCCUUGAUGCCAUGCCAAGAAGAAGAAGAGGAGGAGGAUGAAGAAACCCCCGCAGAAAAAGCAAGAAAGAAGAACCCCCAAGAGACCCAGCCCCCACCAGAUCUGGCCCGACGUGAUGUUAUCAAGGGUCUCCUGGCUACUCAGCUGCUGCCUAGACUUCGAUAUCUACUUGAGGUGACCUACCCUUCACCCACUGUGGUCCAGGACAUUCUUGCUGUCCUGAUCCGAGUGGCACGGCACUCUCUAGAGUCAGCCACAAAGGUCCUAGAGUGCCCUCGGCUAAUAGACACCCUGGUUCGAGAGUUCUUGCCCUCAAGCUGGUCACCUGUGGGAGAAGGACCAGUUUCGCGACUACAUGGCAUGCCCUGUGCUGCUGCUAUGAAGCUGCUCCGUGUCCUGGCAUCAGCUGGAAGGAAUAUUUCUGCCCGCUUGAUGAGUGGCUUUGAUCUUCGAAGUCGUCUGUGUCGCUUUGUGUCUGAGGCCCCCCAGGAAUUGGCCAUGCCCAUCCAGGAGGCUGAGCAACUGAACACUGAGUCCUUUAGGCUCUGGGCAGUAGCUGCUACCUAUGGCCAGGGUGGAGAUCUUUACAGAGAACUCUACCCAGUGCUGAUUCGGGCCCUUCAGGCACUACCCCAGGAGUUGAGCGUCCGGCCCCACAGCCGACUGGCCAUGCAUCGAAUCUCAGCCUUAAUCACCUUGCUCACCCGCUUGACCCAGAUAUCAGGCAGCAGCAACACAGAACUCCAUGCCCCAGCCAGCACUAACCCUGCUGAGUCCAACCUGUCGCCUGUCUCUCCCUCAAUCACUUGGGUGCAAGUGUCUGGGCUCCGUCCUCUCAUAGAACCAAUUCUUCGACAAGUCCUGAAGGAGCUGCCCCAGCCUGACACUUGGAGGGCCCUGGUCCCACUGCCCACUGCCUGCCUGCUCUACCUAGCAGCCCACUAUCAGGCCUGGAGUCAUCAGCCAAAGCUGUGCCCUGGAGAAUGUCUUCAGGAUGUGGAGCGACUUUCAGAGGAGUUGGUAUUGCCCCUGCUGAGUCAGUCUACCUUUCAGGGCCUAUGGGAUUCACUCAGGCGCUGCUCCCUGCUCUGCAAUCCUCUGUCCUGUGCCUCAGCUCCAGAGUCCAUCCCUAGCCUUGUCUCCCUGGGUUGUGGGGGAGGCUGUCCCCCACUCAGUCUGGCUGGAUCAUCUUCAGCCUUCCCUUUCCUUACCUCCCUCCUCUCUCUUCUCAACACCCUGGCCCGAAUUCACAAGGGGCUCUGUGGCCAGCUUGCUUCAGUGUUGGCUGCCCCAGGGCUCCAAGAUUACCUGCUUCAUUGUGGAGCACCCUCUCGUGCCCCGCGACUCACUCCAUUCUUGGCAUGGGCUCUGAGACAUGAAUACCACCUCCAAUACCUGGUGCUCACCCUGGCACAGAGAACGGCUGGGCUCAGGCCAGAUCCAACCCCAGAUGCCAUUCUCUAUCACACUGUGGCACUGACACUCAUGAGUCACCUGCUGCCAGGCAGUGAGUACCUGGCCCAUGAGCUGUUGUUGGGCUCUGUCUUUCAGCCAGAAUUUCUCCCGGAAGGAGCUUCAGGAGGGCCUGAGGCGGCUGACUUUUCUGACAAGCUAAACCUGGGCAGCAGCCAGAGGCCUGGAUCAGGACGAGGGUCCCUACUGGCAGAAGCAUGUCAGGACCUGCCAGGCAUUCGGGGCUGCUACCUGGCACAUUGCACACUGCCCUGCCCUGCCCUGCUGCAUUCCCAGGCCCUGUACCAGGGAGAACCCCUUCACAUUCCUUCGUUGCUACUCCCCGUGCCAAAGGAGCCACUGCUGCCUGCGGACUGGCCCUUCCUCCCUCUCAUUCACCUCUACCACCAGGCUUCUGGCCCUGUCUCUAAGGCCCUACCCCCCAGCUCCUUGGGCAUAGCCACUCAUGCCCUGCAGUGGGUGCUGGUCCUAGAGAGCUGGCGCCCUUCCAGCCUCCAGGUGAUACCUCCUGCCGCCCGCCUGGCAAGGCUUAUGUGUAUAUUCCUGAUGGACAGUGACCUGUUUCGUGAGGCCCCCAUCCAGCGCUACGUCAUGGCCCUGCUUGCCCAGCUUUGCCAGCCCCAGGCACUGUCUCUCCUGAAGCUGGACUGUCCCUUGCCUGGCCUGGCCUCCUUCCCCGACCUCUACACCAGCUUCCUCGAGCAUUUUGAAGCCGUCUCCUUCGGGGACCGUCUCUUUGGCACACUGGUUCUUCUUCCCUUGCAGCGCCGAUACAGUGUCACCUUACGCCUUUCCCUUUUUGGGGAACAUGUGGGAGCCCUUCGAGCCCUUGGAUUGCCCCUUUUCCAGUUGCCUGUGGCCCUGGAAAACUAUACAGCACCCCCAGAAGACAACCUGGAGCUCCUGAAACUUUAUUUCCAGGCCCUGGUGAUGGGUACUUUAUGCCCACACUGGUGUCCUGUGCUCUAUGCUGUGGCUGUGGCCCAUGUCAAUAGCUUCAUCUUCUCCCAGGACCCAAAGAGCUCAGACAUGGCGAUAGCCACCAGCAAGUGGAUGCUCCAGAAGACAUGGCUGCUGGCCAAUGAGUGUCUCAAGCAGCACCUUCUCUACUACAAGCUUCCCAAUGUGACCCUGCCUGAGGGCUUUGAGUUGUACCCUCAGUUACCUUCUUUGCGACAAAACCGCCUUCAGGAUGUAACCAAUGGACUACUCAAGGAUGGGGUGCCAGAGUCUUAGUGCCACAGCCUGCAAAUGGACAGAUGACCAUGUUCUCCUGGGGACCCCAAGAAGGAUUCACUUUCCUAAGUGUGUACAGAUGUCCUUGAUGUCCUAGAGAGAUGGGAUCAUCUCCAAGAGUCAGUCCAACAGAAAAACUUGUCCUGCAGAGACAAGAGCAGGAGGCCUCCUUCAGGCUCUGCUGGGAGCCUGAUGGACUGAUGCACUUACUGGGUCUCAGACAUCCUUGUUUCUGAGGAUGACUGAGCCGCGUUCCCUGCGCUGGGGCAGCCGUGAGGGGUAGGCCGGCCAAGCUGUACCUCCUCUAAGACCAGGGUCUGAUAGUUCAGUGGCUGUGUGUAUGCACUGAAAUAAAUAGUUUCUUCCUUUAUA